GGCGCGGCGGCUCGAGCUGUGAGAGGCCCGCGGGCGGCGUCCACCAUGUUGUGCCGGGCGGCGUGCAGCGCAAGCGGGAAGCUGGUGCUGGCGCUGGGGGUUCUGGGCUCCCGGCAGAAGCACAGCCUCCCCGACCUGCAGUACGACUAUGGCGCCCUGGAGCCCCACAUCAACGCGCAGAUCAUGCAGCUGCACCACAGCAAGCACCACGCGGCCUAUGUGAACAACCUGAACGUCGCCGAGGAGAAGUACCAGGAGGCGCUGGAGAAGGGUGAUGUUACAGCUCAGGUGGCUUUACAGCCUGCAAUAAAGUUCAACGGUGGAGGCCAUAUCAAUCAUAGCAUUUUCUGGACAAAUUUGAGCCCUAACGGUGGUGGAGAACCCAAAGGGGAGUUGCUGGAAGCCAUCAAUCGUGACUUUGGUUCCUUCGCCAAAUUUAAGGAGACGUUGACCACUGUUUCCGUUGGUGUCCAAGGCUCAGGCUGGGGUUGGCUCGGUUUCAACAAGGAACAGGGUCGCUUACAGAUUGCUGCUUGUUCUAACCAGGAUCCCCUGCAAGGAACAACAGGUCUUAUUCCACUGCAGGGGAUCGAUGUGUGGGAGCACGCUUAUUACCUUCAGUAUAAAAACGUCAGGCCUGAUUAUCUGAAAGCCAUUUGGAAUGUAAUCAACUGGGAGAAUGUAACCGCGAGAUACAGGGCUUGCAAAAAGUGAAACAUUCGCCUUACAUGGAGUACAUCAAGCUCUUUAUGGCUAUUUUUGUAGUAGUGCAGAGAACCACACAUACCAGUAAGCUGCUUCAUUGUAGUUGUUUCUCAGUGUGGCUUAUUCAAAUAUUUGAUAAACAUAAUUUAGUGCUAUGAAUAACCUCUCUUGAAAAUUUGUUAUCAGGCAACUGUUUGAAAAUGUUAAGUGCUUUGUGUGAUUUAAUCUUUCUAUUGAACAUUUUCUUCAGAGAGCAACAACAACUAGGAGAUUGUAAUUGUCAUUGUAAAACUAUGAGAGAUAUUUCAUCCCUAUACCACUGGGGUGUCUAAGGAAGCCUUUCUAAUCCUGUUCUAUUGCAGUUACAGGAAAUCUGGUCUUUUGCUGCCCCCAUUCAUUUAAUAAUAAAAUAUUAAAUUUAUUUCCCAAGGGAAAUAUUCAGUUUUCUAUUGAAAAUUGCUCUUUUUGUAAGUAAUCCUCUGUCCAGUAUUACUUCUGGUAGAUAUCACCCAGUGGUCUUUAGUUACUUAUGAUCACAUGUUAUACAGGGUUAACACUAACCAUUUCAUCAUUAAAUAUAUAUAUAUAACUUGAUUGCUAAUUGAGAAUUGCUUUAUUAUGAGAAGGAAAUAGUAGUGCCUCUGAAUUUUUCUGUAGAGAGAAAAAUAAAGACUUUUGUGAAAUUUUGUCUUCAAACACAGAAAUGUGUGUUGUCUAAAUGGACAAAUUAGGGCCUAGUUAAUAAAAAUCAGUGAUAGGGAUGAGGCCACAGAUCUUCUGGCUGGGCAUUUGCCCAUCUUCUUUUGGGUCUGUUCACAAAGCAUCCUUCUCAAGAGAACCAGACCUGGGUCACAUCCUGCCUUCCCAAGUAAUAAAGACGAAUUGGUUUCUGGAUGCAGUCAGGAGCACGCCUCCCUCAAGAACAUUUAUUUUCAAAGAUUUGUUUUUGAGUUACUUCACCCAUUUUGAUGUUUUUUGUCUCUUCUAGAAAAUGUACCAUCAUUAUAGAAGCUUUAUAUUUUGUUAUCGGUUUUUCCAGUAAAGGGAAAACUGUACCCCUAAUACAGGGACAGGGCAGUCAAAUUGCGUUCCUCUGUAGCUUUUGCGAAUGGAGCUGUUCAGCGCAGCAGGGCCCUCUCGGUAUUGGGCUUCGCGUUGUCAGGUGCUCCGUGUACUUCAUCACCUUUUCUCCCCUUCUUCAUCACCUUUUCUCCCCUUCCUUAAAGGGUGUGUAAUAGCUUAUCAAUUGGACAUAUUUUACAGUUUUGUUACUGAAGAUUUCAUUUGUUUCUAAUUGUUAUUAUUGCAAACCAUGCCCUUCUGAGUACUCCAUAUGAGUUUUACCUCUUGUUGGAACAUUUUCUCUAUGUAGGUUUUUUUCUUAAACCUGUUUAGUAACAGGGUGUUUUCUCAAGUUUAUUUUUCAUUUAAAAAAUUUCCCCCUAACUUUAUUAUUCUCUUUUUUUUUUUUUUUUGGAAAAAUGGAGUGACUUAGCAGUUUCAAUAUUGAAGACUGAAGUUUUAAAAAAAAUGUAAAUUCAAGGCACUUUUCUUUUAGAAAUCAAUUAGAAAGGUAUUUAGGCUUUCUGAAUUGUCAGCAGUGUUGCUGAGACUAGUAACUGUGUAUGUGUGUGUGCUCGUGGAUUGAAAACACUUCAGAGACGGUAACUGCCAUCCUUAUCUACCACAGUAAGGUGGCUUUCAUAGGGCACAACUGAGAGUCAUGUGACCGCUGCUUGCGUGUACCCUGUAUCACAUGUAUGUGCCUCUAUAUAUAAACAAGGCAGUUGUGUGGCCGCUGGUUACAUAUAUUCUAUACGCACAUGUAUAUGCCUAUGGAUAUAAACAAGGCAGUGAACUCUGUAUAAACAGACCAUUGAGAUGAUAGGACCUUUUUGAAAGAUGGGCUUUUGAAUACAAGUAGUCUUCUAGAUCAUGAACUAACAAAGAUAUGCAGAGACUACUGACUGAUACAAAGCUUUUGGACUCUUAUUAAGCUUUAAAAUUAAAAAAAAAAUUCAAUGUUGAAAAAAAAUAAAUAAAUAAAAUAAAAUGAGCAUAGUAGUCUUAAUACUUACUAACAGUUCUUCGUAAAAAGUAGCAAUCUCUUACAGUAAAAUCUUACUAAUUUGUAGUAAUUUGGAAAUAGUCAAUUAAUAAAUCUGUUAAAGUACUGUAAAGGAAAUAAAGGUAUUAUUUUUAAGUACAGUGAGUAGCUUGAACAGCUCUGUGCUCCUAUUUUGUAGGCUCUUAAAAUUUUGAUAAUAAACAAUUUUUUAAUCACUAUAUUUGUAUAAAAUAUUUUAUAUAUUAAUAUUCUUAAAUUUAUAGGUGUGCCUUCUAAAAACCUUUGGUACUUUAAGUUUGUUUAGUAAAAGUGAAACAUCCUGAUAUUGCAUAUUAAAUGUUGAAGUCAAAUACCUUUUAAAUUUGUUUUUAAAUGCUGGCUAAAGACUGAA